UGACAACACCCAAUGCUUGGAAGGCCGGGUCAUGCUACUGCUCUCGAGGCUUGAAAUAUGCUUCGCGUGACCAUGGCCUCGGGGACAGCACGCAAUUCAGUGCUUCCCCCCAAGAAUGUCCUCGGAUGGCCUGGGCCAUCACGCUAUCUCUCCAGACAGUGCUUUCCCCAAGUUAGGUGUGCCCUCGAGGAAGCAGCCUGCCCACUGCCAUUAUUAGUUCAAAGACUCCGCACUUCAAAACCUGCUCGAGAUUUUUUUACCCCGCCGGUCCGCCAGUUAAUUUCACGAUACCGACCGAGUCUCGCCUUUGGCCGUUGUCGAGUUCAUUAUCUCCCUCGUCUCUCCCGGUCUUUUUCCAGCGAACGCUCUGCACCCAAAGAAAACAGUGAUAAUCAUGGGAGCCCAUCUGAGAGGUCAACCGAGGUUGGACAUUCCAAGAAAUCCACUCAUGACGUCUGGAUCGCCUCGCACGAAGAUUUUCAGAAGACUGAAAAAGCUGCAAAAGCUGCUCAGAUCAAUCUAAGCGCCAAACUAUCCAAAGAAGGAAAAGGCCAGCGACAAGCAGCUCUUGCCGAAAUAUGGCGCCUAAUCAAGAUAGCUCGACCAGAAUUCAAGUGGCUCGCCUUGGCCAUCGGCUUCCUGCUCGUGUCGUCCAGCGUCACCAUGUCCAUCCCAUUCUCCGUCGGCCGGAUUCUCGACAUUGUAACGAAAGACCCAGCUGAGAAUGCGCGUCUGUUUGGCCUUACGUUGACACAGUUUUUUUAUGGCCUCGGUGCUAUACUCACCAUCGGGGCCAUGGCCAACUUCGGUCGCGUUAUUCUGCUCCGAGUUAUCGGCGAAAGAGUCGUUGCCCGUCUCAGGUCUCAACUUUACAGAAGGACAUAUAUUCAAGACGCAGAGUUCUUCGACGCUAACCGUGUCGGUGACUUAAUUUCUCGUCUCAGUUCGGACACGGUGGUUGUUGGAAAGUCGGUCACGCAGAAUAUUAGCGACGGUCUGCGGGCUCUCUUCAGUGGCGGAGCAGGGUUCGUUGCCAUGGUUUGGCUUAGUCCUCAACUGACCGGGCUUUUGCUUGUUCUGAUGCCGCCUGUGGCAAUCGGGGCGUUCUUCUACGGUCGUUCUAUCAGGAACAUUAGCAAGGGUAUUCAAAAGAACCUGGGUACAUUAACGAAAAUCGCCGAAGAACGACUUGGAAAUGUCAAGACAAGCCAGGCAUUCGUUGGCGAAGUCCAGGAAAUCUCAAGAUACAAUGCGCAGGUCCGACGCAUCUUUGCUCUGGGCCGAAAGGAGUCGACUAUUGCUGCAACCUUCUUUGCCACUACUGGGUGGGCCGGCAACAUGACGAUCUUGGCCAUGCUUGUGUCCGGUGGAGGUCUUGUCCGAUCUGGAUCUAUGUCUGUAGGAGACCUGACAUCCUUCAUGAUGUAUACCGCAUUUGCCGGUUCUAGUCUCUUCGGAUUGUCAUCAUUUUACUCCGAGUUGAUGAAAGGAGUUGGUGCUGCGAGCCGCUUGUUCGAGCUGCAGGACCGGAAACCGUCGAUAUCACAGACAAUGGGAACGAAGGUCGUGUCGGCCCGUGGCCCAAUCAAGUUUAACGAUGUCGUCUUCGCUUACCCAACUCGGCCAGCAGUUAAGAUAUUCAGUGGCCUCGACUUCGAGAUCCCGUCCGGUAGCAACGUGUGUAUUGUGGGACCCUCGGGGGGCGGAAAGUCGACGGUGGCAGGUCUUCUCUUGCGAUUUUAUAAUCCCACCUCUGGUUCUAUUACGAUCAAUGGGGUCGAUAUAUCCCAGAUGAACAUCAAAUCCUUGCGACGGCGAAUCGGCAUGGUUGCUCAGGAGCCUGUUUUGUUCUCGGGCACCAUCGCAGAAAACAUUGCCUACGGUAAACCUGAUGCCACAAGAGCGGAGAUUAUCGCAGCUGCAAGGAAGGCAAACUGCAACUUCAUCAGUGAUCUCCCACUGGGGUUGGAUACACAGGUCGGCACAAGAGGGUCUCAGUUGUCUGGUGGUCAAAAGCAACGGAUCGCCAUCGCGAGGGCAUUGAUCAAAGAUCCCGAUAUUCUAAUUCUAGACGAGGCUACGUCAGCUCUCGAUGCAGAAUCCGAAACCCUUGUGAAUGCUGCCCUCGCAUCUUUGCUUAAAGGUCGAAAUACGACUAUAUCUAUUGCGCACCGCUUAUCGACUAUUAAGCGCUCCGACUUGAUUAUCGUGCUGUCUGCGGAUGGAAAGGUGGCUGAGUUUGGAAAAUACACCGAGCUCGCCGCAAACGAGGACAGCGCGUUUACUAGAUUAAUGGAGUGGCAGAUGAGCGGAGGUGAAUUUGCCGAGCCUCGGGGUGAGGACCUGUCUCGCGGCCAACUUACUGAUCUUGAUAUUGCCACGGAUAAAUCAGAAGAACGGGGUGAAGAUACGGAAAUGGAACUAGAGUCACGGGAGGAUACACGUCCGAAGGUAUAAUUCGUACAGUAUUUCUAUCUCCCUUCUAAUAUCACUCUGGUGUAAGAAUAGUAUUUUCAAAAUAAGUGGUACUUUAUAUACUAG